AAGAGCCUGCGUACGUCAGCAUCCCAUGAUGUGGUCAGCAUGUAAACUGCACGGGCGGGGCGCCAACAUCCUGUGCGCUGCUGAAGGGAGCUGGGGCGCGGCCGCCGGUCUGCACAGGCAGCACCAUGUCGCCCAUGGUCGUCAGCAUGGCGUGUGUCGGGUUCUUCUUGGUCCAGAGGGCCUGGCCAUAUGAUGGUGGUCGGGACAAGCCCUUCCUGUCUGCCUCAGCAACAGGAAACAACACGGGAACCCAAGGAGUCUACAGAAAGCCUUCCCUCCAGGCAAUCCCAGGUCCCCUGGUGAAAUCAGGAGAGACGGUCAUCCUGCAAUGUUGGUCAGAUACCAUGUUUGACCACUUCCUUCUGCACAGAAAGAGGAUCACUGAGGACCUCUUUCGCCUCAUUGGAGAACCCCAUGAUGGGGGCUCCCAGGCCAACUUCUCCAUAGGUCCCAUGACGACUACCCUUGCAGGGACCUACAGAUGCUAUGGUUCUGUCACUCACUCCCCCUAUCAGUGGUCAUCUCCCAGUGACCCCCUGGACGUCGUGAUCACAGGUAGCCCCAGACACCUGCACGUUCUGAUUGGGACCUCAGUGGUCAUCAUCCCCUUCAUCAUCAUCAUCUUCUUUCUCAUUCAUCGCUGGUGGUCCAACAAAAAGAGAGUCUACAGAAAACCUUCCCUCCAGGCCCUCCCAGGUCCCGUGGUGAAAUCAAGAGAGACGGUCAUCCUGCAAUGUUGGUCAGAUACCGUGUUUGACCACUUCCUUCUGCACAGAAAGGGGAUCACUGAGGACAUCUUGCACCUCGUUGGAGAGCCCCAUGGUGCGGGCUCCCAGGCCAACUUCUCCAUAGAUCCCACGAUGCCUGGCCUUCCAGGGACCUACAGAUGCUACGGCUCUGUCACUCACUCCCCCUAUGAGUGGUCGGCUCCCAGUGACCCCCUGGACAUCGUGACCACAGGUCGAUACGGGAAACCUUCUCUCUCAGCCCAGCCAGGCCCCACGGUUCGGCCAGGAGAGAACGUGACCUUGUCCUGCAGCUCCCGGAGCUCAUUUGUCAUGUACCAUCUAUCCCGGGAGGGGGAGGCCCCUGAACUCACGCUCCCUGCAGUGCUGAGCGUCAAUGGAACAUUCCAGGCCCACUUCCCUCUGGGCCCUGCCACCCACGGAGGGACCUACAGAUGCUUCGGCUCCUUCCAUGAAUCUUCCUACAGGUGGUCAGCCCCGAGUGACCCACUGUCCAUUUCUGUCACAGGAAACCCUUCAAGCGGUUGGCCUUCACCCACAGAACCAAGCUCCAAAACUGGUAGCCCCAGACACCUGCACGUUCUGAUUGGGACCUCAGUGGUCAUCAUCCCCUUCAUCAUCAUCAUCUUCUUUCUCAUUCAUCGCUGGUGGUCCAACAAAAAGAAUGCUGCAGUAAAAGACCAAGAGCCUGCGGUGGACAGAACAGUGAACAGGGAGGACUCUGAUGGACAAGACCCUCAGGAGGUGACAUAUGCACAGCUGGAUCACUGCGUUUUCACGCAGAGAAAAAUCACUCGCCCUUCUCAGAGGCCCAAGAGACCCCCAACAGAAACGAGUGUGUACAUGGAACUCCCAAAUGCGGAGCCAAGAUUGAAAGUUGUCUCCUGUCCAUAGCACCACAGACAGGCCUGAGGGGGUCCUCUAGGGAGACAAUGGCCCUGACUCAAACCCGGCUUGCCAGUUCCAAUGUAACAGCAGCUGGGACCUGAAGGCGUGAGUCUGUGUCUUAGGGGAUCGCUCUUCCUCACACCACAAAUCUGAACGUGGCUGUCUCUUGCUUACAAAUCUCUGCGGUCCUCACUGCCUGCUGGACAGAAAACACACUCCUUUGCGUAACACACAAUUCUCCAUUUCACUUGACCCCUGCCCACCUCUCCAACCUAACUGGCUUACUUCCUGGUCCUACCUGAGGCUGUAGUCACACUGAGGAACUCACAAGUCCAGACAUACAAGAGGCUCCCUCUUAACACAGCACUUAGACACGUGCUGUUCCACCUUCCCUCAUGCUGUUCCACCUUCCCUCUGACUAUCUUUCAGCCUUCUGUCAUCAGUAAAAUUUAAAAUUUUUUUUAUAAUUUCAAUGUAGUUCUCUCCUCUUUAAAUAAACGUCUCGUGCUUU